GCCCUUUCAAGUCAAGACAUAUCCUCCCUCCACAAAACCAUUGCACUUUACAAACUCAAUCCGUAUUUAUAUAUUAUAAUCCCACAAUCUUACAACAAUCAAGUCAUUUGAUCCACCAAAAAACCAGACAAAAACAUCCUUAAAAAAUGAUGAACAAGUUACUAAUGUUGCUUUGCUUUCUAGUUUUGCUAGUUGUUCCCCUUUCAAGUGCUGGCCAAGAUCUCUCCGACACAUUGGAGGUUUUCGCCAAGCUCCACGGCUUGGAUGUGGAAGACGACGAAGGAGAGGAUGACCCGUUGGAGGCCUUAGACCUCCCAUCUCAGCGUGGUGGCCAUAUCAGCAAAGUGCUUGUCAAUGUAGAUGCCUUUGGUGCUGUUGGAGAUGGUGUAGCUGAUGAUACUCAGGCCUUCACCAAUGCAUGGAAACGAGUUUGUUCCACUCCGAAAUCAGUUCUCUUGGUCCCCGAAGGGCGUCGCUACUUAGUGAAUGCAACGAGAUUCAGAGGGCCUUGCGUGGACAAGAUUGUGAUCCAGAUCGAAGGGACCAUCGUUGCACCAGAUGAUCCGAAGAGCUGGGAUCCCAAGAAUCCAAGAACUUGGCUGGUUUUCAACAAUCUAACCAAGGUUUAUUUCCAAGGGAAUGGUGUCAUAGAUGGCUCAGGCACCAAAUGGUGGGCUGCUUCUUGCAAGAAAAACAAGUCCAAUCCAUGCAAGAGUGCACCAACGGCCCUCACAAUAGACUCGAGCUCAGCUGUGAGAGUGAAAGGAAUCACCGUUCAGAAUGGGCAGCAGAUGAACUUUGUCAUCGGGCGUUCAGACUCCGUUCGGGUCAUUAAUGUCAAAGUAUCUGCCCCAGAGGACAGCCCCAAUACAGAUGGGAUACAUAUCACUGAAUCAACAAAUGUAGUUCUUCAAAACUGUAAAAUUGGGACAGGAGAUGAUUGCAUAUCAAUUGUCAAUGCUAGCUCCAAUAUCAAGAUAAAGAAUAUAUUUUGUGGACCAGGCCAUGGAAUUAGCAUUGGCAGCCUUGGCAAGGACAACACAACUGGCAUUGUCGAGAGCGUGGUUGUGGAUAAGGCCUUCCUCCGAGGCACCACCAACGGCCUCAGAAUAAAGACCUGGCAGGGAGGCUCUGGCUACGUGCGAGCAGUGCGCUACCAAGACGUCAGGAUGGAAAACGUCAGCAACCCGAUAAUCAUAGACCAAUUCUACUGCGACUCACCAAAAAGUUGUGAAAACCAGACAUCAGCAGUCAACAUAACCCAAAUCAUGUACCGCAACAUAACUGGGACAUCAAGAAGCCAAAAGGCCAUGAAAUUUUCUUGCAGUGACACAGUUCCUUGCACUCACAUCAUCCUUAACAACAUCAACCUGCAGAGGAGCGACGGCACAGUGGAGACCUACUGCAACUCUGCAGCAGGCAUCGGCUACGGGUACAUAAAUCCAUCAGCAGAAUGCCUUUCCUCUUCUGACAAGGAUGCUAAAAUUGUUCAACCUACUACACAACACAUAGUUCACACAGAGCUUUGAGUUGCUUCUUGAUUGUUUGUUAUACUAUGUAGUAGUAUGAGCAGUGUGAGAUUGGUUUGGAAUAUCAUAUGAUUCUUUGAUUGUAUAAUGAAUUCUGGUUAAAACAGAGUAAGAUAUACUUAGAAUAGAUAGUAUGAAGCAUAUCUUGUAAGAGCAUCAAGGACUGUAUAUGUAACUUUUAUACUUAAUUUUCGGUUUGGAAAAAUAAAAGAUAUUCAUGUAUGCUUAUAA